AUGUCUUCAGGAGGUAAAAGUGGAGGUAAAUCAGCUGCUGCCGUUACUUCAAAAGCUACUUCAUCUAGAUCUGCCAAAGCCGGUCUCCAAUUUCCAGUAGGCCGUAUUCACCGUCUUUUACGAAAAGGAAAUUAUGCUCAAAGAGUUGGUGCAGGUGCACCUGUUUAUUUAGCUGCAGUCCUUGAAUAUUUAGCAGCUGAAAUUCUUGAAUUGGCUGGUAAUGCUGCAAGAGACAACAAAAAGUCUAGAAUUAUUCCCCGUCAUUUACAACUUGCUAUUCGAAACGACGAAGAAUUAAAUAAAUUACUCGGUCAUGUCACAAUUGCUCAAGGUGGAGUUCUACCAAACAUUCAUCAAAAUCUUCUACCCAAAAAGUCUAAAAAGAGUGGUGCUGCUACAUCUGAAGCUUAA